CAACGGCAAAGCCAAGCGGCGCGUCUAACAAGCGGUUAUUCGCUAGCCGAGUACUCCACCAAAAGUGGUCGUCUCCCCGAUUAGGAGGUCCAACCGAACGGAACCACCUGCCGCUCUUCAUGCUGGCGACCCGCUGACGACAACUUGUCGGCUCUCGUGCGCCGUCUCCAUGGCAACGGAAGAGUUAUACGAGGUGGAGCGGAUCGUGGACAAGCGGAAGAACCGGAAGGGGCGGACGGAGUACCUGGUGCGCUGGCGAGGCUACGGCUGCGAAGGCGACACAUGGGAGCCCGAGAGUCACUUGGCUACCUGCAUGCCGUACGUACACGACUUCAACCAGCACCACGCCCUGCGCCACCGAGAUGCCACCUUGCUGCGCUCCACCCGCAGCUACCUGUGCACCGGUACCCACGGCAACCCCUGCGGCCCGCCCGCCCACAUCGGGCGACUCCCGCCCGUCGCCUGCCCGGAUCCCGUCUCGGACCCUCAGCCCGCCCCGGCUCACCUGUACACCUCCCCCGGCGGACUCAAGGACCUCGGGCACGCGUCACCGAGUGCUAUGCCGGCACCCUUGAUGUCGGCGCCCCCGAUGCCAACGUCGUCGGUGGGCCCUGCUCGCCGCAGCUUGGACUUGUCUAAGAGCAGGAUAAAAAUCCUGGUGCCCAAAAGCCCCAUGAACAGCCCCCUGGACGCCGAGGAGUCACCCAGCGAGGCGGCGCCCAGCGAGGCGAUCCACAACACCGAUGCCGGCGCCCGCGACGCCCACGAUGUGCCCCCCGAGGUGGCUCUGGAGCAGCCGACCAGCGUGCAGCUAGGCCUGGGGGAGCUGCGCGCCCGUAUGGGGAUCAGGUCGCGGAGCCACAACGACCCGCCCAUGAUGCGACCCCUCAAUGGAACAGGUAAGAAGAAAGAAAACGGAUACGCGGUCCGACCGAAUGAGGGCGUGCCAACUGACCGACUCUGCGUCUGCUUAGGCGCUGCUGAGGAUGCGGGCGCAACGUCGGCGGUUACCGUUACAAUGGGCGUCCCGGCCAAGCGGCGUCUGGAGGUGCGUGCCGCUUUUGACAAACGUCUGCGCUUUAGCGUGCGCCGGACGGAGAGCGCCUACCGCUACCGCGACAUCGUGGUCAAGAAACAAGAUGGCUUCACGCACAUCAUGUUGUCCACCAAGAGCUCGGAGAACAACGCGCUCAACCCCGAGGUGAUGAAGGAGAUCCAGAGCGCUAUGGCGACGGCGGCGUCCGACGAUAGCAAGCUGGUAUUGCUGGGAGCCGUGGGUGGCGUCUUCUGCGGCGGCCUGGACUUGCGCGACUUGGUCAGACGCCUCACGGAUGACAGGAAGAAGGAGAGCGUCAAGAUGGCCGAAACCAUUAGGACGUUCGUCAACACCUUCAUCCAGUUCCGCAAGCCCAUCGUGGCCGCCGUCAACGGGCCAGCGCUGGGCCUGGGCGCCGCCAUCUUGCCGCUAUGCGAUGUGGUGUGGGCCAAUGAGAAGGCCUGGUUCCAGACGCCCUACGCCGCCUACGGGCAGACGCCAGACGCCUGCUCCUCCUUCACCCUCCCCUGCAUCAUGGGCCCCCCCUCGGCCAACGAGCUGCUCUUGAGCGGCAGGAAGUUGACGGCGCAGGAGGCUUGUUCCAAAGGUUUGGUCUCGCAGGUUCUCUGGCCAGGAACCUUCACACAGGAAGUCAUGCUGCGCAUCAAAGAACUGGUCACCGUCGACUCGCUCGUCCUGCGGGAGUCCAAAGCCUUGAUGAGGAACUCCAGCCGAAGUUCUCUGGAGCAAACCAACGAGCGCGAGUGCGAAGCCUUAAAGAGAAUUUGGGGCUCGUCGCAAGGAACCGACGCAAUCUUGCAGCACCUGCACAGAGGCAAAGAGCUCUACUAGGACUAGAACCCGGAACUGGGACCCGUUUGUGCUUCUAAGGCCGGACUUAGUCUCUUAGCUCCUUUCCGUGCCACAUCCUUGCGAACAACACGUUUGUAUCUUUUCUACAUUGCCAAGUAAAACAGGAAAGGAGUCUCGCAGUA